UUGGCCGGGUCAUCAUCGACGCACAAUCACGCCUCGGCCGCCCACUGUUACACCAAGACUGUCGCGAGACUGCCGGCUUGAACGCCUGGCUCGGUGCAUCCCUUGCGCGACGUUGGAUUGGCCUCUUGGCGGCCGCGCAGCGGGACGCGCCGCAGUUGCUCCCUUGAUAAGCCCGCCUCGAACCCCUUGCUCUCGGCGUUUUGGGUCUGGAUCGCAGUUUCCAAAGCCCUCUGGACAACUCGGCGCUGGAGACGUUGGCCCCGUUCGACUCUUCAUUCGUCAUGGACUCGCGACAUCCGCUCGGCCGACCUGGUGCUCCAACUCCGGUCAAUGACAUGACAACGGCCCACACCAGUGCUCAGGACUCAGGAGCCGCCGUCAACCGAGCCGGUGCCGCCGGCGUUCCUCCUGCUCAAGUUUCCAUGUCCGCAGUGGCCAAAGCCACCGUACUCGAUGCCCACCUGCCGGAACUGGGGCCUGAAGAUGGCAUGAUCCGGGACUCGUGGGCCUCGCUUGCCUCGACGGCCGGUAGCAGGGAUUCGGUCGCUCCUAGCAUCUUUUCGGUCAGAGCAUCAACAGCGUCCGCCUCGACACGGUACUCGGCCCGUCAGUCGUCAAUUGAGUCUCCUGUCUCCGCUACGAGUCCCUUGCAUCAGGAGCACCGCAAAGGCAGCUUUCCGCAGCGCCCUCGCUAUUGGUGUACCUUCUGCGAAGCAGCUUUCGACUCGAAGACGGAGUGGAAGCUCCACGAGCUCGAGUUCCAUGACCGACGGGAACGAUACCCAUGCCGGAGCUGCGCAGCCCACUUCCCGCGGCCUGCGCUGUUGGCCGAGCAUCUCAAGAGUGAACACGGCCUCGACCCUGCCACGGGUUCCUCCAACCGCGUUCAGUACUCUCCCAUCCGAAGCGCAUGGGGCUGUGGGUUCUGCGCGGCCUCCAUCCCGUCCCGCAACGACUACCUGGAGCACGUCGGCAGGCACUACGAUGAGGGCAAAGAGAAGUCGGAGUGGCAGCACACCCGUGUCAUUGAUGGACUGCUUCAUCAGCCCCGGCUGGAAGCAGCCUGGAGAGCCUUGAUCAACCAGGAGGAGCAAGCACGGGGCACGAAGCUGCGCCUUUUCUGGGACCCAAAUACGACAGGCCGGGCGGACGAUGCCACCGAGUCCUCCUCCUCUUUGCAGAAUCUACUUGAGUUCUUUGCGACAGGAACCAGGAACGCUGAGGAAGUGGCGGCCGUGGCCUUCCGCAGCGCUCAUGUCAGACCAGAGGGCAACGUCAGUAGCCUCAUCAGCAAACUUCACUUACGGACGGUGGAGCCGAGAUUGCAGAGCCUCAGCCAGAGCCCUCCCCAGCUUUCUCCGGAUUUGCGACCCGCCUCGGUUCAAGCAGAGGACGAUGUUGUUUCCCCCAUUUCGCCCUUGCCUGCCCCGCUUCGGCCACCUACAGCGCCUCCCCGAAUUCUGAGCCCGCAGAUUCCUUUGCUUCACGCAUCCUCCCGCCUGCACACGACCCAGGCAAUGGGCGCUGGUAACCCAACGUCCAGAGCUGCUCCAGUAGCAGGAAGGGAGACUCCGCAGCCACCACGAUUGCCACUGACUUCUGCGGGGCCCGAACCACGCGAUGCCGCGGACCCUCAGGCAACCCUCCCCCCAAAGAAGAGCGCCCUUCGCCGUAUUGAAAGCGCCCGGAACCUGGCGACUUCUCGUCAUGCUGGCCUCUUUCCGGAUAUAGACCGGCCAGGAAACGCGAUGCCACGAGUGCCUUUUGUCGACGCCCCUUCCCCUCUUAUCUCGGCCACGCUGGCAGCCAAGCAGUAUGCGUGUGUCUCUAGGACACCCCCUGAACCCCCUUCGCCGAGAGGUGACUCGAGGGGGCUAUCAGUUCUAAGUCCGGCCACAGCAUCAUCGGUCAGACCACACGCAAGCUCAAGCACCCUGUCCACUCGCACUGGGGAUGGCUCCCAACGAUUGGACGAUAGCACCAGCGAACAGAUGUCAGACGACAGCUUUUCAGAGCCCGAUUCCUGGCCGGGGUUUGGCGACAUCCCAACUGCGACCAAGAAAUGGAGGUCUUCCUUCCAACAGGCUCUGGAUCGAGGCAUGCUGCGGCUUUGGACCCGAUACAACCACGACUGGGAUACGCUGAUCAGACAAUGCGUGGGAAGCAGGGGCAUCGACUCUUCGCAAUACCACGACUCUUCAGGAAAGGUACGCAAACCCGCACCGUCGCGCCAUGGAUUCGGCCAGGGCCUGCGUCCCAAUGCACGUUCGCUUGGUCACGGGGAUGAAGACGAGGAGGAGGAGGAGGAGGGCGACGGAUGCCGGCCGCCAUCCUCGCUGUCUAAACGCAGUUCGGGGUCUGCGAAGAGAUUCGCGUGUCCCUUCCGGAAGCAUGAUCCCCACAAGUACAACGUUCACGCCCAUGAAGUAUGCACGAUUAGAUCGUGGUCGACGAUCUCGAGGUUGAAGGAGCAUCUGUAUCGCCGACAUUACAAGACGCACUGUCCAAGGUGCAAGCAGACUUUUAGCGAUGCCAAGGCGCUUGCUGAACAUGAGAUGUCCGUCGUGGGCUGCGAGGUUCUGGACGUGGUCCACCCCGGAGACAUUACGACGUACCAGGAGAAGCAACUCAAGUCCAGGAAGCACACAACGCGGCGUCAGACAGACGAAGAGAAAUGGAGGGACAUAUACCAGAUCCUCUUUCCCAAUGAGGACAUCCCCUCCCCUUACCCUGAGCCUGCAGAGGAUCUUGCUCCGGCGGCCUCCGAGCCUCACGUCAGCCUAAACUUCCAACACUUCCUCUUGACACAAAUGCCCGGUCUCUUCACCAGGACAGCCGAAGAGCAUGCCGGACGUCACCUCCAAGCGCACGAAGGACUGCCGAUGGAGGCAAUACCGCGGAUCAUCGAGGACGCUCUUCAAAAGGCAUUCCGGCUGUGGCAGACGCAAGGCAGCGAGCUGCUUACGCGGGAAGCCUCGGUGGCCUCGAUGAGUUUUAUGCCGGAGACUCCAUCCUCCGUCACGUACACGUUGGCGCAGUCUACUUCAUACCAACCAGCCCAAGCCGCGGUUUCGAUGGGCCAGAGCUUCCCUCAUGUCAACUUCCCGACCCCGGGCUUCACGCCCGAGGUCGCGCACACAUCACACGCAGAUGAUUCGGGAUUCGCGGAUGGCCACUUCUUCAGCUCGGGACCGCCAGUGGACUUUAACACUUUCGCCCCUCAAUAUGAAAGAAGCCCCUGGGAAGCAAGCCUGUCUCUCUUGGGCGAGGACGUGUUCCAGGUUGACUCGAAUUUGGCAGGUCAGUUCCGGGGGUUUCCAAACCGUUGACAAGCACCUGUAACUCCAGGUGCGGCCCAGCCAUGGUGCGUGCCGGUUUGACGCCCAGGGAAGUUGAGGUGGGAUGAGGCGGGGCUCGGACCUUGCCGCUGGCAGAAAGAUCAAGAGUAACACAGUGCAGGUGCAAAUAGAUCAUGUCCACGUAUCUGUUCCCUUGCU